CAUCCUUUUCAUUUACAGAAGUUAUUUAGUAAAUUCUGUCUAUUUUAUUUUCUAAGCAUUUUGAAUAUUCUAAUUAGUUCUUAGGAAAAAAAAGAAAGAAAUGAACAUGAAAAAUCCAUUAGAUUUUGAAUUCAAUACACAAUUAUUACCACAAUAUAAAGAAUAUCAAUUAUAUUCAAAUGAUUUAUGUUUACAAGAAUUAAAACAAUUCUAUUAUAAUCAAACAUGGUUAAUUAAUAUCACUGAAGAAAUUCAUUCAACAAUGGAACAAUUAAAUAGACCAUGUGAAAAAAUUCAACGUUUUGAAUGGAUGCUUGAACGUGAAUAUUUUGUUGCUAUAACAAUGGGUUUAUUAGCAUGUUUUGGAUUGAUUGGCAAUUUAUUAAGUUGUAUUGUAAUUAUUCAAUAUUUAUUAAAAUUUUCUGAAACAUUCAUUCUAUUUAUAUUUUUAUCAUUAGCUGAUUCAUUAGUUAUUAUUAUGCAAACAAUUGAUGCUUAUCGUAAUUCUGUUGCAGUUGACUUUUAUACAUUAAUUUCAUUAGAUGAAAUUUCACAUCCAUCAAAUAUAUGGCGACGUGAUUGGAAUUGUAAAUUAUUUUUAUAUUUUUGGCAUUUAAGUUUACAACUUUCAGCAUGGCUUGUUAUGGCAUUAACGGUUGAUCGAUAUGCAAGUUUAAAACAAGUCUAUAUAACAAGAAGUAGACGUUCAUUACAUUGCCGUGCAUGGUUAAUUGGUGGAGGUAUACUAGUCUUUUUAGCCUUUUUAAAUCUACCAUUUUUAAUUUAUGUGAAAUCAGUGAUUUACGAAAUGCCAUGUGGACACAGUCAUUUCUGUAUUUUUAUCAAUCCAACUGAAGAAAGAGAGCUGACAGGAGAUAUAGAACAAACAACUUCAUCAAAACAAAUACAAACUGAUGAAUUCGAACAUUUAUACGAUCAUUUUGUCAAUGGUACAUUAUUAUUAUUUAGUAAUCAAUCAUUUGAAAUGAAUCAAACUACAGAUUGUAAACAAUUACUUGGACUUCAUAAUUUAUUUAGUGAAUUAGUAGAAACAAAGCAAUCGAAAUCAUCACUAUUUUCUAUUGCACGUAACAUUAGCAUAUGGUUAAGUCAUCAACAUUUAAUCAUUUUUGGAUUUAUUCCUUAUACUGUUACUAUUAUAUUUAAUGUCUUAUUAAUUCAUUACUUGAGAUCAUUACCAUGGUUUCAUCCAAAACAAAAAUGUGGUAAUAAAGUAUGUUUUAAAAAGAAUACAAAAUAUAAUCCAAAAAUAUUAAUGAGUUUAAACAAAUGUUGUAUGUCCAUGUUUCAACGAUCUGGCAAAUGUAAAUCUAAAAAAGAAGAAAAAAUAAAAUCAUAUAAUCAUCAAAUUAAUAUUGAGCAAUCAUUAAUUCCAUGUAAAUGUAUAUUACAUUCAGAGAAUAAUCCAGUUAUUAUUGGUACAACAUGUUCACAUUCAUUAAAUAAACGAAAACAAAUUCAUAAAUUUGUUAAAAUGUUUGAUAACAAUAAUCAUAAUCAAAAUAUAAUUACUAUGUAUUGUCCAAUAUCUAAUCAUCAUGUGAUAUCAUCAUGUAUUGGACCGCAUACAUGGGAUGGUACAUUAAACAAUUAUAAUGAUGAUAACAAUAAUAAUAAGAAUAAAAUGAAAUUAAAACAUUUUCAAUCUUCAACUCUAACACCUUCAAAUAAUUCAAGGUAUUCAUCUUGUGUUUCAAUAAAAUUGGAUAAUUCACAAAUUCGUCUAUGUUCUCAGCAUUUUGAUGAUGAUGAUGAUGAUGAUGAUAAUGUUGAUAAUGAUGGAUGUCGAAAUCGUGAUAAAAAUAUUGAUAGUGUGCAUUAUUAUUCACAAUCCAAAAAUGGUUGUAAUUCAUUGUCUAAUAGACAAAAUACUGAUAUACAUAUUUUACUACAUAAAUACAGAUCAAAUUCAGUGAAAACAGGAUGGUUUGUUGGUCAAAGACGUACAACUAUUUUAUUAUUAGUUGUAACAUUUACUUUUGUAGGAUUAACAUUGCCAUAUUUAAUUUACGUUGAAUUAAAACAAUUCAACAUAGUAGAUCUUACAAAAGCUGAAAAUUAUCGUCCUGAACAUAUGGUGGAAGAAUUAUGUCGUUUUUUAUUCUUUAUUAAUAAUGGUUUAACAUUUUUUAUUUAUAUGACUGGACGUCAAUUUCGUAAAGGAUUUUAUCGACUUAUUCAUCGUUUUAAAUAUUAUUUACGUUCAUCAAUGUGUCCAAAUGUUGAAAGAGAAAAUAAAUGGUAUUCACAUCCACCAAAUAAAAAUCAUACAUUUAAAUUAAUAAAACCAAGUAAACAUUAUACUUUUCAUCGACAUUCUGAUCAACAUUAUUAUCAUUCAUAUCAAAUGAAAACUAUACAACAACAACAACAACAACAACAACAACGGCCUGAACACUAACACUGACAACAAUAGUAAUGUCUACCAAAUAACAAGAUUAUUUAGCAUAAUCAUUUAGAAAAAAUUCAUAAUGAAUAUAAUCCUCGAAAAUCCAUUUUGAUAACGCAAUAAAACUCCAUAAUCCAAAUAAAAAGUGAUAUUUAAACAGCUGGAAGAACGCACUUGGUGAAAUAAUCUGAAAUUUCAAAGAAUUCAACCGCAUUUAUUAUAAAUAUUCUUAUUUUUACGCAUUUAAGAAUAUCGAUAAAAUGAUAAUAAACCUUGGAAUUCAAU